AUGGCUCCCGGUUCAUCCUCAAAGAUGUCCCAACAUCUCAACCACCGCAUGCGCAUAACCCUCGUUGACACACGCCAACUAACCGGCCAACUCCUCGCCUUCGACGCACACAUGAACAUCGUCCUCGCCGACGCGGAAGAAUUCCGAAUUUCCAGAAAGUCUCAGCGCGCACCCAAUCCCACGGAAGAAAAACGCACUCUCGGCCUCGUCAUUCUAAGAGGUGAACAAAUUGUGGCUAUGUCAGUGGAGGGACCGCCGCCUGUCGAGGGACGCGGGCUCGGAUCAAUUCCUGCUGGUCCAGGAAGGGGUAUUCCUGCGGGUCGAGGAAUUCCGAUUAAUGCUCCUCCGACAUUCGGUGCCCCGCCUGCGGGACUCACUGGUCCUCUUGGACGUGGCAUGCCGCCCGUUGCAUUCCCUGCGCCGGGAGCUGGUGCACCACCGGGGUUCGCUGCUCCUCCUCCUGGGUUUGCGCCGCCUCCAGGUUUCGGUGGAGUGGCUCCUCCACCUGGGUUCGGAGGUCCUCCGCCUGGAUUUGGGGCUCCGCCGCCGGGGUUUAGGCCUCAGUAG